AUGGGUACAGAAAGGAAAACCUCUAAAAAUGGACAAAGAGAUGAUGAACGAGACUUUGAAUUUUUCUUGGAUACUGAAGGUUUUCAAAACAAGUAUGUACAAAAAGGCAAAGGGAAUAUAACAGUGAAUGGAAAGGUUAAGAAAACCGGCAGAGGAGAUUAUGAUAGUUUAUCAGUGAAAUCAUCUAGUUUUCGAUUAAAAGGUUCCUAUGAUAAAUAUGGAAAACGUCAAAUUAAAAAAUCAAAGUUUAAAAAUCGUGGUAAAAGGAAGGCCUAUUCAAAACGAUUUCUUAAUAAGUAUUUCGAUAUUUAUGGGAAUAUAUUUGAAGAACGAAGACAUUUGGGUACUGGUUCUGGUGAAAGUAACAGUAGGCAUAUUAAUGCAAAUGUACGCAGUGAAGACGAAAUGAACGAACAAGUGAAGAAGGCGAAUAAACAGUCUAGAAGUAUACUCAAAGAAAAAGGAAGUGAGGCGUCGAAAUCUGGAAAUCUCGGUAGCAGUCAACAAUUUAAAUGGUCUAAAAAUUCUGUGUGA